ACUUCCUUUCACACAUUGUAUUCCCCCUUCUCCACAGAAACUCAAAACAAAAAAGAAAGAAGAAAAAAUGGCUAAAUAUAUUAUCACCUUCUUCACCAUAGUUCUGCUUCUCAGUUUUCAACUCACAGCCUUCGCUGCUCGUCCAGUCCCUGCUGCUUUCACCAACAACGCUCUCAAAACCCAACACCAAGACAUAGACGCGGAGAUCGUUGCAGCGGAGGGAGGCGGGAGCUGCGAAGGAGUAGCGGAGGAGGAGUGCCUGAUGAGGAGGACAUUGGCGGCUCAUGUGGAUUACAUAUAUACACAGAAGCACAAGCCUUGAACUCGUGCAACCAAUUAAAAUUAUCUCUCUUUGUUUUGUCUUUUUAAAAAGCCAUGCAAUACUAAAGCAUCCAUAUGUUAUACUAAAUAAUAUCAUAAAAGCUUAUUUGGUAAACUCAAUCUUUGUUUUCGAAAGACAAUGGAUUUAAUUAGGAUAAUUUAGUUUGUCUUUAUAAUAUUUCUUGUCUAGGGUUUGACUUUAUGUCCCCUUUGUACUUUUAAAUUUUUCUAAUUAAAUUUGGAUGACACAUCUGCUGGGCAUAUGAGAGUUAAGA